GCGUAGCUGUUGUGGGCUUCUCGUUUUCAGAUCUCUCUUUCCCCCUCUCUCUUUCUGAAAACCCUAAUCAUAGGGUUUCUCUUCUCGCGCCAUUAUUUCGGUUGAUCUUUAUUAUUUUUUGAAUGAUCUCGCGUCAAACUUUGCGUGAAUGUGAGAGAGCUUGAACCUAGAUUCGGUGUUUCAUAGCCUUUCUUGAUUAAGCAUGACCGCGUCUAUUACCUAUUGGGGCAAAUUUUGAGCAAUUUUGCUUUCUUGCUUUCCUGCAGACAAAUAACAGGCGAUUUGUGGUUGACUACACAGUGUUGAUUCAGUUUUGCUCAAGUAAUUUUGGGACUUCUGCGGUGUUGAUUCCGUUGUGAACAUGUCUCGAUGCUUUCCUUACCCUCCUCCGGGGUAUGAGAGGAAGAACGACGCCGAGGCUCAGAGUGAAUCGAUUAAGGUUUGUUGAGCGUGCAUGCUGUGUUGAUUUUUGCGUUUAUGCUCGACUACUUUGUUCGAUUCGCAAACGUGAUUGGAAAUAUUGAAUCAGAUAUUGGGUUUUCUUGUGUACAGUGAAUACACAUUUUUUGUAACCAAUGCAUAAUGGAAACGGAUAUUUGCUUAGGCGGGUAAUUUUGAAUGUAUCUGAACCCUCGAGGAAAUACCCCAGAUGAGGUUCCUGCCAUCUUUCGUUGUGUCUUCGUGGAGCAUGUCAUAAAAAUAGAAGGAAAGAGGAAAGUACAAAUAAGGGAAAAGAAGUAACAAUAUACGAUUAAUUGGUUUGGGAAAGUGUGUUUUACUUGUAGAGUUGUUAUGGAACAUGGAAGACUAGUAUCUGUGGGUAUAUGAAUUGCAGUUCCAACUAAGUGUAUAUGAGGUUAUGAUCGGGGUUGUUGUCUGGCAGAUUUUUUGGGAACCCAAUUUACAUUUUGCCAUUCUUUUUGGCACCCGUGUAUUUAAAAUGUCAAAUUAGUUUUAUCAUCUUCACUUCAUUAGAGGACUGAGCCAUAUUGUGGAAGAUUUAUCUGUGGAUCAAUGACUUCUUAUCAUUCCGUAGAAAAUCUUAUUUACAUGGGGAUCAGGGAAGGCCAUGUUUUUGAUGCCAUGUGCGCGUGGACAUUCUAAUUGGAAAAGAAAGCAACUAUUUGUGACACUAACACAUGAAAGCUUUAGUAAAACUAACUACUUGGUUGUGGAAAAUCGGCAGACUAAUUGCUAAUUGAAAGUUUUUUGGUCAAUUUGACUAAUUGAAAGUAAAGUUCGGUCUUACUUGAUUCAUUUUUUUAUUACGGUUAUUUCUGCAUUGUACUUGGUUGUUGGGUUUCACUUAGUGCAGUUAUUAUCUAUACAAAUGUUGUGCAUCGAUGUCUCUAUUAUUUGUCAGAUAUAAGGGCAUCAAGAAGUGUUUUCACUUUUCACAGCAUUAUAUAUGUAUGGGCAAAUGAUAUUGCCACGGGUUGUUUCUAGAAUUGCCACUGCAGGUUCCCCUUUAAGGUGCUUGAGAAACUCAUAUGUCAUUAAGCAUAAUUUUGUCCUGGAUUUGGCAAUGAUUGUUACACAGUUUUAGGAAACUAACAGAGCUUAAUAUCAAAGCAUGCUAAGGCAAGUUUGUAGAUGAGCAAAAACACCUGAUGGGAUAUUUUUUCUUGGGCUUUCUACUGUUCAAAAUGAAGAUUAUACUUGUAAAUUUAUUUUAUCCUGUCUCAGUCUUAUGACUUAAAUGAGGUAUAGGUUAUGGUGAGUGCCUGUGAAAGCAUUGCCAGCUUUCUGUUUUCAAUUCCAAUGCUGUCAUUUUCUGUCAUGGAUUUAUUCAUUAUGAUUUGAUCUAUAGGCAUUACAGACUGAAUUGAUGGGACCACGAUUGAGUUUUUUCUAUUGGAUGGAAAAUCUUUUGGUAUCCAAUAGGGUUUAGGGUGGAUUAGUGGAAGAAUCAAGGGUUGCCCCCAGUGAAUUGAGUGAAAGUACUUGUGUCAUAUGCUCCAGAGAGAAAGGCACAAGGCCAAGAAAGAAAGGAAGAAAGAGAAGAGGAGGGAGAAGAAAGAGAAGAAAGAGAAAGAGAAGGACAAAGCCAGAGAGAAUGGGCAUAUUGAAAAGAGAAACCACUGUCAUGAAAAGCGGCACAAGGAUAAGAGCAAAGUAGAUAAUAAGGGAGGAGAGCAUCCAAGAAAUAGCCAUGAUGAAAGCGGACAAUUGGAGAAGAGCGGGCUUACUGAAGAACAUGGACAGGCUGCUGUUUCUCAGAAUCCCGACGACUCUUCUGACAGCACCCAGAACAGCCACAAGAGGAAAAAGCAUAGCACGUCCUCUGAUGUCAGCCAUAACCAUGCAAGCAUUCUCAGAAUACGGCUGCCAUUGGUAAAACACAAGGAUCCAGAAAUGUUACCCAGCAAGGAAGUAGCAGCCUGUUCUAGUUCUGGAAGGAUUGUAAUCAGUUCCCAAGGAAAGUGUGAAGCUACUCCUGAACCCAAAAGGGAAGAGGUUUGUUCUACUUCGGAUAGGAGUGAGAUUGCUAUACAGGAUAAACAUGCAAAUGUUCCGUGUUCCAGCAUAGGAGUGCGAUGUUCCACUUCCAGACGGAAUGAGGUUGUUGCAGAAGACAGGACCGGAACUUGUACAUCCAGUUUUCCUGCUGAAAGCGAUGAAAUGAAAAUAGAAUUACGGAAGUACAGGGAUUUAAUCCAGAACUGGGUGCCACCUGCUAUUCAGAGCGAGUACAAUGAAUUUGAUAACCAGGAUUGGCUCUUUGAAGUGAGGCACGAGUCAAAGAAAGUAAAGGUUGACGGUGGUAGCUCGAGUCAUGGAACUAGUUCGGAUCCAUGGCCACGCUGCUGUUACUUGCGGGAGGUAGAUAUAUAUGCAUUACCGUUUACCGUUCCGUUUUGAAGUUCAACAUUUUUCAGCAAGCACCAAUAACGUGAGAGGUGGUUUCAACUUUCAACUUUCAACUUUGAAGCCUGAACUGAAGCGGGCAGCAAUUCCGCAAUUGGGGAGUGCUAAUUAAAAAAAUUCUCCAUUGUGCUCUCAACUCAAAGAAAGCCAAAGGGGCUGUUCCCUCAAUUUCGGGCGAUUCUACAUGGCUCAUUAUCAUGCUCCUGCACGCAGCCAGCACCAUGGUCCAUCAUCAUACUUGUUAACAAUAACAUUCAUGAUUCAUGGUGGUUCCGUGUGGGGUGUUGUAGAAAGAGCAAAGUUUGUGCAACAUACUUGCUAUUCCAUCUUUUUAUACCAUCAAUCAAAUUAUCAAAUUAUAAGCAUCAUUCAUUUUGA